AUGGCUUCACCUAGAACAACCCAUACCGAUGUGCUCGUCGUCGGCGCUGGACCUGCGGGUCUGAUGCUGGCUAACUGGCUGAGUCGCUGCGGCAUCAAGACUCGCAUUGUCGACAAGCGUGGUACCAAGAACGGCACGAUUCGACGCUCGGGGAGGAUCCCGGAUACUAUUCCGGGUACCAGUCGGUUUCAGCAGGUCGUGCUGCAUCAGGGGCGGAUUGAGCGGUUUUUUCUAGAUUCCAUCAAGGAGCACAGCGGCGAUGAUAUUACCGUUGAGCGGAGCGUGUUGCCUACGUCCUUUGAUUUUGACGGUAGCAAAGCGGAUGACUUUAGUGAUUACCCUAUUACUGUUACGCUGCGUACACUGUCUGAAGAAGAGGCCGCGCCUCAACAGCGGAGUCAGCAUCUGAAGGCAGCCGGUGGCGAGAAAGCAGUCGUCAGCGAUGGGUUGUUCCGAAGUAAUCUCGCCGCAGACGACACAGAUGAUCUCUUUCAGACUGCAACUUCCAGCAACCGUACAGGUCAGGUUGAGACCGUCAAGGCCAAGUUCAUGGGGAUGAACGUGAGCAUGCAGGACACUUAUAACCUGGGCUGGAAGCUCGCACACGUUGUAAAAGGAUACAGCAAUGGAUCGAUUCUCAAGACUUACCAGUCCGAGCGGAGACGAACCGCUCAAGAUCUGAUCGCAUUCGAUCAUCGCUUCUCACGACUCUUCUCAGGCCGUCCUGCCAAGGACGUCAUGGAUGAAGAGGGUGUCAGCAUGGAAGAAUUCCAGAGGGCGUUUGAAAAAGGCAAUGAGUUUGCAAGUGGGAUCGCGGUCAACUACGGCGCCAGUGUGAUUAUCGCCAAAGAAGGUGAUCCCAAGGAACAAGGCGACGGCACAGACGUGGCAGGAAACUUGAAGCAACAUCGAAGCACCAGCAAGCUACAUCUAGCAGCAUCCAUCGACAUUGGCAAACGCAUGCCUAGUUUCAAAGUCCUGUAUCCGUCUCUACACGACAGCGGACCAGCCAGUCGACAGCCUGAUAGAGGUGCUGACGGUUCAUGCCGGGCCGCGGGCGAGUCUUGA